GGGGCAUUUGUCCUGAUGGGCGGAAGGCUUGGCAUGAUCUUUGGUCACAAGAAGAUCGUACUCAUCGCCGGACCACUUUGGGUUCUAUUUUGCUUGAUCUCGGGAUUCAUGUGGAAUUUCAUUGCCUUGUGCGUGAUGCGCGGAUUGACCGGCAUUGGUGGCGCGUUCAUAGUUCCGAAUUCAAUUGCUCUCAACUAUCCAGUUUCCACCAGGUCGCAUGAGAAAUAUUACCGUCAGCAUGUUCGGUGCAUUGGCCCCGAUUGGAGCUGCAGGCGGAAGUGUUCUUCCUGGUUUCUUGGGACAGUUGCUGCCUUGGAAGUAG